CAUCUCCAGCCCCAAGCCAUGUCCUGCUACACCCCGUGCCGGCCCUGCCAGCCCUGCGGCCCCACCCCGCUGGCCAACAGCUGCAAUGAGCCCUGUGUCAGGCAGUGCCAGGACUCCACCGUGGCCAUCCAGCCCUCGCCCGUGCUGGUCACCCUGCCCGGCCCCAUCCUCAGCUCCUUCCCACAGAACACCGUGGUGGGAUCCUCCACCUCUGCUGCCGUUGGCAGCAUCCUCAGCUCUCAGGGAGUGCCCAUCAACUCUGGGGGCUUUGGCCUCUCAGGCUUGGGCAGUGGCCUCUGUGGCAGGAGAUGCUUCCCCUGCUAA